AUGGUGUUGCAAAUGUCGAGUUACACGGACCCAAAGAAAGUGUGGGAUGGCUUAAAAACACGAUACUCGGGCGUAGAUCGAGUGAGGGCGGCUCGAAUUGCAACAUUGAGAAGAGAGCUUGAGGGUUUGUGGUUGAGGGGUCUCGGGUACGAAGUUGAAGAAGAAGAAGAAGAAGAAGAAAUUGUGAGAAGGCUACUGGAUGCAAUGCCAAAGUCCUAUCUUCAAAUUGUAACUUCAAUUGAGCAAUGUUUUGAUUUGGACUCAAUGCUCUUUGAUGAAGUAGUUGGAAGGCUUAAGGCAUGUGAAGAAAGACAAAAAGGCCUUGGUGAAAAGGAGGAAGAGCAAGGCCAACUUUUGAUGGCCGAACAAAAGUAUGGAGAAAGUAGCGGACGAGGAAGAGGCCGCGGAAGAGGCUACGGUAGAGGUGAAAGAGGUCGAGGAAGAGGUACGAGUCGAGGUGGUGAUAAAUGCAGGUUUCGGUGUUUCAAUUGUGGACCAUUUGGGAAUUUUGGUUACGAGUGCACUAAAUGGAAGGAUGAAGAGAAAGAAGCAAAUUUGAUCGAGGAGGAAGAACCGACAUUGCUUUGA